ACAAUCUGAUGUUUACAAAACAGUGUAAACUGGUCACCCUCUGGAAGCUUUAACCCGUUUGUUCGUUCUCAUCUAAUUUUACUGCCUUCUUACAGACAUGCCUCGCCAGUUCCCAAAAGUUACUCUCAGCGAGGUGGAGGAGAAGACGCAACUGCUUGCGGAGAAGGUUUACGCUUCAGCCCUGAAGGAAGAGGAUACUAAGGAUGUAUUAUCGAUGUUCACUGUGCAUGAGGACUGCCCGAUUGGCCUCCAGCAGGACAAAGAUCAUGAAUUGCAGAAAGGGCUGGAAGAGCAACAGUCAGAGGAGAGUGCCAAGAGGAGAAAAAGCUUGAAGAUAAUCCGCUCCCAGUCAAUCUCCUUGCAGAUUCCAGGAAGUACAGACUCCUCAAGGGUAGAUGGAGUUUUACCACUAAUGUCCUCAUCCUACAUGAGCUCAUCAGGGCUCGAAACCCUUCCAGAUUUUCAAAGGGUUACAAUAAGCGGUGACUACUGUGCUGGAAUCACUCUGGAAGACUAUGUACAGGCAGCUGAAAGUCUGUUCAAGGCUCUGCUUCUGCGUGAAAAGUACUCCAAACUAGCCUAUCACAGAUUCUGCAGAACUACAAGCCAGUUCCUCCGCAGUGCUGAGAACUCAAUGUGGACGGAGGAGGAUGAGGUUCUUCCUGAUAUGUGCCCGUGUCCAGCAGAUGGUGAAGAUCCCUACAGCAUGGAGGGCAUCCCUGAGAAUCUAAACUAUGAACUGAAGAUGAAGGAUGGGAUAGUGUAUGUGUAUGAUCACAAAGAGGCAAUGCAGAAAAAUCAGCCACAUGAUCUUCCCUAUCCAGAUCUAGAGACCUUUGCAAUAGAUUUCAGUCAUGUGCUGGCAAUGAUUGCGGAUGGACCCAUGAAGACCUACUGUCACAGAAGACUGAAAUUCUUAGGCUCAAAAUUUUACCUCCACGAGAUGCUCAAUGAGAUGGCGGAGCUUAAGGAACUGAAAAGCGUGUCUCACAGAGAUUUCUACAAUGUGAGGAAGGUUGACACACACAUUCACGCUGCCGCCUGCAUGUCCCAAAAGCACCUGCUAACUUUCAUCCAGAAAACAUACAAAAAGGAUGCAGACCGCAUAGUUUUAGAGAAAGGAGGACGAAAGAUGACCCUGCAGCAGGUUUUCCGCAGCCUCAACAUGGACCCUUAUGACCUGACUGUGGACUCUCUGGAUGUUCAUGCUGGGAGGCACACUUUUCACCGAUUUGACAAGUUUAACGCCAAGUAUAACCCUGUGGGGGCCAAUGAGCUUCGAGAAAUCUUCUUAAAAACAGACAACUACAUUAAUGGAGAGUAUUUUGCUCAGAUUAUAAAGGAGGUGGCCCAUGACCUGGAGGAGAGUAAGUACCAGUAUGCUGAGCCACGUCUGUCUAUCUAUGGAAGCUCUCCUGAAGAAUGGGAAAGUCUGGCAAAAUGGUUCAUUGAGCACAAGGUGUACUCACCAAACAUGAAGUGGAUGAUUCAAGUGCCUCGAAUAUAUGACAUAUUCAAGUCAAAGAAACUGGUACCUAAUUUUGCCAGGAUGCUGGAGAACAUCUUCUUUCCUCUGUUUGAGGCCACUCUGAACCCACAGAGCAAUAAGGAACUUCACAUUUUUCUCAAAUAUGUGUCAGGCUUUGACAGUGUGGAUGAUGAGUCAAAACACAGUGAUAACAUGUUCUCCUUUCGAAGCCCUAAACCGGAGCAGUGGACCACGGACGACAACCCCCCCUACAGCUACUACAUCUUCUACAUGUAUGCAAACAUCAUGGUCCUCAACAACAUCAGGAAAGAGCUUGGACUGAGCACUUUCCAGUUUCGCCCUCACUGUGGAGAGGCAGGAUCAAUCACACAUCUGGUGUCUGCCUUUCUUGCUGCAGAUAACAUCUCACAUGGACUCAACUUGAAGCAGAGUCCUGUCCUGCAGUACCUGUACUACUUGACACAAGUGCCAAUUGCAAUGUCUCCACUCAGCAACAACAGUCUUUUCCUGGAAUAUUCCAAAAACCCUUUCAGGGACUUUCUGCACAAAGGUCUGUGUGUGUCCCUGUCCACUGAUGAUCCCAUGCAGUUCCACUAUACCAAGGAACCACUGAUGGAGGAAUAUGCUAUAGCAGCUCAGCUAUGGAAGCUCAGCACUUGUGAUGUGUGUGAAAUAGCCAGGAACAGUGUUCUGCAAAGUGGACUGUGCCACCAGGAAAAGAAACACUUCCUGGGAGUGAAUUAUCUGAAAGAUGGACACGAAGGAAACGACAUCCGUUGUACCAAUGUUGCCCAAAUCCGCAUGGCCUACAGACAUGAGACUCUCUGCAAUGAACUCAGCUUCAUUGGUGAUGUAAUGAAAUCCAAAGGCAUGGCUUCACUGCAGGAAUAUCAUGAUUAAAUGGGUGCCUGCCCUCUCUGCUAACAUUUCCACAUUUGGCUGCAAAGUUUAUUAAGAAAAUUCUUCAUUUUUUUUCCUAUUCUAUUUCUAUUCCAUUUUUCCCUUUUGGGAUCAUGGGGCUGCUG